GCCUCGCGCUCCGUCGCAACUCUAUGGUUCCGGGAGGCGGAGCCUACGGCCCGGUGCAUGCCGGGGCGGCAGCAGGGAGUCUCGGGUCUUCUGUCAUGGCGGCGGUGCUGGGAUCCGGGCUUUGGUUCUGGGUUGUGUUGCUUGUCCCUGCGGUCGCGGUUUAUGAAGACCAAGUAGGGAAGUUUGACUGGAGACAGCAGUAUGUUGGGAAGCUCAAGUUUGCCUCCUUGGAAUUUUCUCCUGGAUCCAAGAAGUUGGUUGUGGCCACUGAGAAGAACGUGAUUGCAGCAUUAAAUUCUCGUACUGGGGAGAUCUUGUGGCGCCAUGUUGACAAAGGCACGGCAGAAGGGGCCGUGGACGCCAUGCUGGUGCACGGACAGGAUGCAAUCACUGUGUCCAAUGGGGGCCGCAUCAUGCGCUCCUGGGAGACUAACAUCGGGGGCCUGAACUGGGAGAUAACGUUGGACAGCGGCAGUUUCCAGGCACUGGGGCUGGUAGGCCUGCAGGAGUCAGUGAGGUACGUUGCGGUCCUGAAGAAGACAACUCUCGCCCUCCAUCACCUCUCCAGUGGGCACCUAAAGUGGAUGGAGCGUCUCCCAGAGAGUGACAGCAUCCACUACCAGAUGGUGUAUUCCUACGGCUCUGGGGUGGUGUGGGCCCUCGGCAUCGUUCCCUUCAGUCAUGUGAACACUGUGAAGUUUAACGUGGAGGACGGAGAGAUUGUUCAGCAGGUCAGGGUUUCGACUCCGUGGCUGCAGCGUCUCACCGGAGCCUGCGGCGUGGUGGAGGAGGCGGUCCUGGUAUGCCCUGACCCAAGCUCGCGCUCGCUGCACACUUUGGCGCUGGAGACGGAGUGGGAACUGCGGCAGAUCCCACUGCAGUCUCUUGACUUAGAAUUUGAAAGUGGAUUCCAGCCCCGCGUGCUGCCCACACAGCCCAACCCAGUGGAUCCUUCUCGGCCCCAGUUCUUCCUGCAGUUGUCCCCAAGCCAUUAUGCCCUGCUGCACUACCACCAGGGGACUCUGAGUCUGCUCAAAAACUUCCCCCAGACUGCCCUUGUGAGCUUUGCCACUACCGGGGAGAAGACAGUGGCCGCAGUCAUGACCUGUCGGAACGAAGUGCAGAAACCUAGCAGUUCUGAAGAUGGAUCAAUGGGGAGCUUUGCGGAGAAGUCCAGUGCACAGGACCCACUGGCUUGCUUCAACCAGACCUACACCAUUAACCUCUACUUAGCGGAGACGGGCCGGCGGCUGCUGGACACCAUGAUUACGUUUAGCCUGGAGCAGAAUGAUACUCGGCCUGAGUGGCUGUACAUCCAGGUGUUCUUGAAGAAGGAUGACUCCGUGGGCUACCGGGCUUUGGUGCAGAUGCAAGACCAUUUGCUACUUUUCCUGCAGCAGCUGGCUGGGAAGGUGGUACUGUGGAGCCGCGAGGAGUCCCUGGCAGAGGUGGUGUGCCUGGAGAUGGUGGACCUGCCCCUGACUGGGGCACAGGCUGAGCUGGAAGGAGAGUUUGGCAAGAAGGCAGAUGGCCUGCUGGGGAUGUUCCUAAAACGCCUCUCAUCUCAGCUCAUCCUACUGCAAGCGUGGACUUCCCACCUCUGGAAAAUGUUCUAUGAUGCUCGGAAGCCCCGAAGCCAGAUUAAGAAUGAGAUCAACAUCGACACCUUGGCCAGGGAUGAAUUCAACCUGCAGAAGAUGAUGGUGAUGGUAACAGCCUCAGGGAAGCUUUUUGGCAUUGAGAGCAGCUCUGGCACAAUUCUGUGGAAACAGUAUCUACCCAGUGUCAAGCCAGACUCCUCCUUUAAGCUGAUGGUCCAAAGAACUACUGCUCACUUCCCCCACCCCCCGCAGUGCACGCUCCUGAUAAAGGACAAGGAAACAGGAAUGAGUUCUCUGUACGUCUUCAAUCCCAUUUUUGGGAAGUGGAGUCAGGUGGCUCCCCCAGUGCUCAAACGCCCCAUCUUGCAGUCCUUGCUUCUCCCAGUCAUGGACCAAGACUAUGCCAAGGUCUUGCUCUUGAUAGAUGAUGAGUACAAGGUCACAGCUUUCCCAGCCACUCGGAAUGUCUUGCGACAGCUACAUGAGCUUGCCCCGUCCAUCUUCUUCUAUUUGGUGGAUGCAGAGCAGGGGCGGCUCAGUGGAUAUCGGCUUCGGAAGGACCUCACCACUGAACUGAGCUGGGCGCUGACCAUCCCCCCAGAAGUACAGCGGAUCGUCAAGGUGAAGGGGAAGCGCAGCAGCGAGCACGUCCACUCGCAGGGCCGGGUGAUGGGGGACCGCAGUGUGCUCUACAAGAGCCUGAACCCCAACCUGCUGGCCGUGGUGACAGAGAGCACAGACGUACACCACGAGCGUACCUUCAUUGGCGUCUUCCUCAUCGAUGGUGUCACAGGACGCAUCAUCCACUCCUCGGUGCAGAAGAAAGCCAAGGGCCCUGUCCACAUCGUGCACUCGGAGAACUGGGUGGUGUACCAGUACUGGAACACCAAGGCUCGGCGCAAUGAGUUCACGGCCCUGGAGCUCUACGAGGGAACCGAGCAAUACAACGCCACCGCCUUCAGCUCCCUGGACCGUCCACAGCUCCCCCAGGUCCUUCAGCAGUCCUACAUCUUCCCCUCCUCCAUCAGUGCCAUGGAGGCCACCAUCACGGAGCGGGGCAUCACCAGCCGACACCUGCUCAUUGGACUACCUUCCGGAGCAAUUCUUUCUCUCCCUAAGGCCUUGCUGGAUCCCCGGCGUCCUGAGAUCCCAACCGAACAAAGCAGAGAGGAGAACCUCAUCCCCUAUUCUCCAGAUGUCCAGAUCCACGCAGAGCGAUUCAUCAACUAUAACCAGACUGUCUCUCGAAUGCGAGGUAUCUACACAGCUCCCUCGGGCCUGGAGUCUACAUGUUUGGUUGUAGCCUAUGGUUUGGACAUUUACCAAACUCGAGUCUACCCAUCCAAACAGUUUGAUGUCCUGAAGGAUGACUAUGACUACGUGUUAAUCAGCGGUGUUCUCUUUGGCCUGGUUUUUGCCACCAUGAUCACUAAGAGGCUGGCACAGGUGAAACUCCUGAAUCGAGCCUGGAGGUAGACUGAAGACUUGGAGCCCCAGUGGAGAGUUGUAGUGGCCUCAGCUAAGGUGCUACAGCUGCAGCUGUGAUUGGGCAGAUUCAUGGAAUGUGUGUGUUGGAUUCUGCUCUCAGUUGCAUUGGAGGAAAGGUGGACCUUAAUGUAUAACUGCUUUUGAGACACAUGAUCCGCAAUCCUGUGGAUAAAGGCUGAACUCACUCAACGCAGUUGAGGAUCUGCAAGCAUCUGAUAGAUUUUCCUCCAACAUCCAGGGCCACUGCCAUUUCCUUUCUUUGCCCAUUCAUGAAUGUUCUGUUUUAAAAUAUGAACUUUAACUGAG